AUUUAAUAAAGGGUCACACAUUUUUGUAUCUUUGUCAUUCAUUAACUCCUGUCUCUUUGGCUGUGUUCUGUCUCAGACCUGAUUCUUUCUCCUCAUCUUCUUGUGUCCAGCUCAAGAGUCCCACCACCACCCAGGACCAGCUCCUCUUGUCCCUGGAUCUUCUGAUUGGCCCCAGAAGGUGACAGUACCGACGACAAUGCUAUCGAGCCAGUGGUGGCCAAGUACCCGGGGAAACCUAGGGCUGGGGCCCCGGAGCCCUUCUUGGGGAUCCCAGCUCUGUGCCCUGUAUGCCUUCACUUACACUGGGGCAGAUGGCCGGCAGGUGUCUCUGGCUGAAGGGGACAGGUUCCUAUUGAUUCAAAAGACCAACUCAGACUGGUGGUUGGUAAGGCGCCUGGGAACACACUCCACCUCUCGCCCCAUCUUCAUCCCAGCUGCCUACAUGACAGAGGAAUUCAGCCCUUCCCAGAGCCCGAUAACCAUCACCCCCCAGCCAAUCCCUCUAGACUCCUGGUGUAGAAGUAUCAGUGUUACCAACUUGAGGCCCAGCCUCCUGAAGCCCUUGCAGGAAGGACCAAGUAGAAGAUACCUUUCCCAGGAAGACUUGCUGACAGAGGCCAAUGCGAACAUGGCAAGACCCCAGACCUUCAUGUCAGAGCCCCCUGUGUACUGCAACCUGGUGGACCUUCGCCGCUGUCCCCGGUCCCCACCCACAAGCCCUGCCUGUCCUCUGCUGCAGAGGCUGGACGCCUGGGAGCAGCACUUGGACCCCAACUCUGGACGGUGCUUCUACAUAAAUUCGCUGACUGGCUGCAAAUCCUGGAAGCCUCCACGCCACACUCGUACCCGAGAGAUGAACCCUGGCUCCAUGGAGGGGCCACAGACCAUGAAUAGGGACAACAGUGUCUUGCAACCUCAGGCAAAGGACUCAGAAUCUGGCACAGGGACGCCAGGUCUUUUCGACUCCCAGGGUUCACCCUCCCUCUGCAGACGCGCCUCCCAGCUCGACCCCUCAGACCAGCCUUCAGCUCUGCAGUCCCCUCGGCCCCUGCCGCAGGUCCUGGACGACCCCCAUGAGGUGGAAAGGUCGGGCAUGCUCAACGUGACCAAGAUCGCUCAGGGCGGCCGCAAGCUCCGGAAGAACUGGGGCCCAUCUUGGGUAGUACUAGCGGGUAACAGCCUGGUGUUCUACCGAGAGCCACCGCCGACCGCCCCUUGCACCGUCUGGGGACCAGCGGGUAGCCGACCCGAAAGCAGCGUGGACCUGCGCGGGGCCGCCCUGGCCCACGGCCGCCAGCUGUCCAGCCGCCGCAACGUCCUACACAUCCGCACGGUCCCUGGCCACGAGUUCCUGCUGCAGUCAGACCACGAGGCCGAGCUACGCGCCUGGCACCGCGCACUGCGGGCGGUCAUCGAGCGCCUGGAUCGAGAGAACCCCCUGGAGCUGCGUCUGUCCGGUUCGGGACCUGCGGAGCUGGGGGAACUAAGCGCGGGGGAGGACGAAGAAGUGGAGUCCGAGCCGGUGUCCAAGUCACUGCUGCGGAUCAGCGGCCGUCGGAGCUCCAGUCGGUGCCCGGAAGGAGCUGAGCAGAACCGGGUACGAAACAAACUAAAGUGGCUUAUCGCAAAGAGACCGCCCUUGCAAGCCCUGCAGGAGCGGGGUCUGCUCCGAGACCAGGUGUUCGGCUGCCAGUUGGAAUCACUGUGCCAGCGGGAAGGGGACACCGUGCCCAGCUUUGUGCGGCUCUGCGUUGCUGCUGUGGAUAAGAGAGGUCUAAAUGUGGAUGGCAUUUACCGGGUGAGUGGGAACUUGGCAGUGGUCCAGAAACUUCGCUUCUUGGUGGACAGAGAGCGGGCGAUCACCUCCGAUGGGAGAUAUGUGUUCCCAGAACAGCCAGGACAAGAAGGCCGAUUAGAUUUGGACAGUGCUGAGUGGGAUGACAUUCAUGUGAUCACUGGAGCCCUGAAGCUUUUUCUCAGGGAGCUACCCCAGCCUCUGGUGCCCCCACUGCUGCUGCCCCAUUUUCGUGCUGCCCUUGCACUCUCUGAAUCAGAAGAGCGCCUCUCUCAAAUACAAGAAUUAAUAAGCUCAAUGCCAAAGCCCAACCAUGACACUCUACAGUACCUCCUGGAGCAUUUAUGCAGGGUGAUAGCACACUCAGACAAGAACCGCAUGACCUCCCACAACCUGGGAAUUGUGUUUGGACCAACCCUAUUUCGACCAGAGCAGGAGACAUCUGACCCAGCGGCCCAUGCCCUCUACCCUGGGCAGCUCGUCCAGCUGAUGCUCACCGACUUCACCAGGCUCUUCCGCUGACUGGGUCAAGGAAGAAGAGAAAAUGUGUUUCCGGUGACUUCUGUUGGAUAGCCUUUGGUGGGGGUUGUUCUGCUUUGAGGAUAUCCCUUUAAAUCCUGU